AUGAAAUCCCAAAGGAGACUCAGACCACAAACUGUGCAGUGCUUAGUUGCUCAGUUGUGUCCCACUCUUUGCAACCCCAGGGACUGUAGCCCACGAGGCUCCUCUGUCCAUGGGGAUUCUCCAGGCAAAAAUACUGGGGUGGGUUUCCAUGUCCUCCAGGGGAUCUUCCCAACUCAGGAAUUGAACCCAGGUCUCCCACAUUGCAGGUGUAUUCUUUACUAUGUGAGCCACCAGGGGACCGCAGGACUACCUCCAGCCCUCAAACACCUGUUUUCCAGUACAAAAGAUUCUGCACCAGCUAGAAGUGGGUAUCCUUACACCAAAUGA